AUGGAUCCUGGAUUAAUAUAUGACAUGGGAGUAUCAGAUUACAGCUUAAGAAGCCUAACUGUAUCAAGAACAGUAACGAAUGUUGGUCCAGUGAAUUCUGUCUAUACUGCUCGUGUUCAAACUCCGGCUGGCGCUACUGUGGGAGUCGAACCAUCAACUUUGACAUUUAAUUCUACUGUAAAGACUCUGAAGUUUAAGGUAACUUUUCGUUCCAGCUCAGAGUUCAGGGAAGAUACUCGUUUGGAUAUCUGUUCUGGAGAUGGUUUACAUCAUGUUGUGAGAAUACCGUUGAUAGUUCGAACUGUCAUUGAUGUUUUUAUUCCCAAACAUGAUCAUAGAAUGCCAUUGCGUGUACCAUGUUUCAUUGAUAGUUUAUCACUUACUGCUGUGGAUGAAAUUGCAGAGCUGAAUGGGUUUCCAGGGUGGAUGAUUCUUCACGUUCAGAGCUCUCUCUUUUGUACCCCAAUCAUGGAGAAUACCGGUUUGAACGGUCAUAAAACCGGUUUUGAACCAAACUCCCGUUUUCCGGCAUCAUUUCCGUCAAAGCCAGAACCAAAAGACCCAGACCCGCCACCCGGGAAAAUCAUCGGUGCACGCUGGUACAUUAAAGGGUAUGAAGCUGAAUUUGGGAAGCUGAACACUAGUGAUGGGGUUGAAUUCUUAUCUCCUCGAGAUGCUGUGGGCCACGGUACUCACACAGCAUCUACAGCAGCUGGUGCUCCAGUAAAAAAUGCAAGCUUUAUGGGUCUAGCUCAAGGAAUUGCUAGAGGGGGUGCUCCUUUAGCUUCUUUAGCUGUCUAUAAAGUUUGUUGGGCUACUGGUGGCUGCAGUUCAGCUGACCUUCUCGCUGCAUUUGAUGAUGCAGUCUCUGAUGGUGUGAAUGUGCUUUCAGUAUCCCUUGGUUCAUCCCCUCCGCUUUCCACUUAUUUUGAUGAUUUACUAUCAAUUGGUUCCUUCCAUGCUGCAGCAAAAGGGAUUGCUGUAGUAUGCUCUGCGGGAAAUUCUGGUCCUUAUCCUCAAACUGUUAUAAAUACUGCCCCGUGGAUUAUAACUGUUGCGGCUAGCACCAUUGAUAGAUCUUUCCCUACUGCUAUUACAAUGGGAAACAAUCAAACUGUUGUGGGUCAAGCAUUUUAUACCGGAAGAAUGGAUAUGAACAAGUUUUACCCCAUUGUGUAUGGAGAAGAUAUUGCAAGCAUUGAUGCGGACGAAGACAGUGCCAGUAGUUGUGAUUCAGGAACUCUUAAUGCUACUUUAGCAAGAGGCAAAAUUGUUAUUUGUUUCCAAUCUCGGUCUCAGAGGUCAGUUGCAACUGCUGCCAGAACAGUAAUGGCUGUCCAGGGUGUUGGUCUCAUCUUUGCUCAGUUUCCUACAAAGGAUGUUCAAUUUUCCUUUGGUAUCCCAAGUGUCCUCGUGGACUUCGUGAUCGCAACAUCUCUACUCACCUACAUGCAGGCAAGCAGAAACCCCUUAGUCAAAUUUAGCUUCACAAAGACAGUUAUAGGGCAACAGUUAUCACCAGAAGUUGCUUUCUUCUCUUCUCGAGGGCCUAGUUCCCUCUCUCCCUCAGUAUUGAAGCCAGACAUUACAGCUCCUGGGGUUAAUGUCUUGGCCUCCUGGUCUCCUGCUUCAUCCCCUGAUACAGAUAACAGCAUACCGCCACUUAACUUCAAAAUCGAGUCCGGAACCUCCAUGUCUUGUCCCCAUGUUUCUGGUAUUGUGGCUCUUCUAAAAGGUAAAUAUCAAACGUGGAGUCCUGCUGCAAUCAAGUCUGCACUGAUCACAACAGCUUCUCUGAAGGAUGAAUAUGAUCAAAUUAUAGUUUCUGAGGGAGCUCCUCACAAACAGGCUGACCCAUUUGACUAUGGAGGGGGUCAUGUCAAUCCUAAUAAAGCCAUGGAUCCUGGAUUAAUAUAUGACAUGGGAGUAUCAGAUUACGUUCAUUUCCUUUGUGGAAUGGGAUAUAAUAACUCUGCCAUCAGCUCAAUGACUAAGACUCAGACCAGAUGUUUCCGUAAAUCAACCAGAUUCCUUGUAAAUCUUAAUUUGCCUUCAAUCACCAUUCCAGAGCUUAAGAAGAGCUUAACUGUAUCAAGAACAGUAACGAAUGUUGGUCCAAUGAAUUCUGUCUAUACUGCUCGUGUUCAAACUCCGGCUGGCGCUACUGUGGGAGUCGAACCAUCAACUUUGACAUUUAAUUCUACUGUAAAGACUCUGAAGUUUAAGGUAACUUUUCGUUCCCAGCUAAGAGUUCAGGGAAGAUACUCGUUUGGAUAUCUGUUCUGGGAAGAUGGUUUACAUCAUGUUGUGAGAAUACCGUUGAUAGUUCGAACUGUCAUUGAUGAUUUUUAUUCCCAAACAUAAUCAUAGAAUGCCAUUGGCUGUACCAUGUUUCAUUGAUAGUUUAUCAGUUAUUGCUGUAUUCUUCCAAUAUAAACAUCAUGUUUGAAUUGAUUUAGCAAAACAAUAAAAACCAGGGAAGAAGCUGCUAGGAACUAUGAAA